AUGGCAAUCAAAGUGAAUCUCUGCGCAUUGCUUUUCAUGUGGAUAUUUGUAAGGUUUGCCUGUUCUGAGAAUUUUGUGGAUCACCUUUUUGAAAACUAUAGUUCAAUGUUAAAACCACGAAAAAACCAAAGUGAUGUGGUACAUAUCAAUUUCUAUUUUACCAUCAAUGCAGUUCAGGAAGUUGAUGAACGUAUGCAAUAUAUAUCAUUUUUCGGUUGGUUAAAUGUUCAGUGGUAUGACGAAUUUCUAACGUGGAACCGCACUCAGAAUUCCGGAUUAGAAACAAUUGCAGUACCUUAUCAGAAACUUUGGACCCCGGAUAUAUCAAUGUGGUAUACUGAAAAAGGAAUUCAUGGAUUGGAACCACACCCAUACGUUACAUUGAAUUCUGAUGGUCACGUGACUUGGUAUCCUGGCGGGAAAAUGAUACUUUCAUGUGACAUCAAAGUUUCGAGAUUCCCAUUUGAUGAGCAGCAAUGUAAAAUAAUUGUUAGCGCUUGGCAAGUAAAUGACUGGGUCCAAAAACUUGUUCCAAAAUCACGAACAAGUGAUGAUUCAAAACUUAUUACUGAAAAUGGUGAAUGGAUAUUUAUUAAAUUUACCUAUACAAUAGAGUACUUCCCCGAAUUUCAUUUGACAACUGUGGCUUACGUUCUUCAUUUUAAAAGGAGAUACUUAUAUAUCGUUCUGACUAUUUUUGUUCCUAUAGUCAUUCUGGCUGUUUUGAAUUCGCUAACCUUCUUUGUACCAGUUGAUUCCGGGGAGAGAAUUACCUAUAGUUUGACGCUUUUUCUGACGUUUACUGUCUUCUUAACCUUAUUCGAGCAAACGAUGCCACGAAAUUCUACUGAUGUACCAUAUCUCACAAUAUACGUUGGAUUUCAUUUGCUCCUUUGCGUGAUAAGUACGAUAAUUUCUGUUUUGUUGAAACCUAUUAUUAAACCAAGUAUUAAUUAUGAUCAAUACCGAUACUCUGAGAAACAAACAAAUGAGCAGGACAUUGAGAAUGGAAAGAGUGAUGAG